AUGCACAACGGCCGCGGCGGACGACGCGGCCUCCAAGCCUUCACCCCCAACAACAACAACAACAACAACAACAACAACAACAGGCGUGGCAACAGAGCCUCAUCAUCCAGAGCACCAUCAACCCGAGACUCGUCCUCCCGACCCUCGCGCGCCCAACCGCCAAGAGGCAUCUGCAAAUUCUUCCUCACCUCCCACUGCACCCACGGCUCAACCUGCCGCUUCUCACAUGACGAAGCGGAUAUUGAGCGUACGCUUGAAGAAAGCGGGGGGCAAUCGCGGGCGGAAGCACAGGCUAGUAGGGAGGCGUAUGUUGAUUUUCGGAGGGGGGUGCGCGACAGUGGCACGAGAAGAAUGUCGAGCUGGUCUGGAGGGUUUUUGAGGGAGGAGUUGGAGGAGACGUGGAGGUUGGCGGGGAAGGUUUUGGAUGGACCGGGGAGGGAGGGGCAGCAGGAUGUGGCGAGGGAUUUGGGGGGUAGUUUUAACUCGAGAGAGAGGGAUGGUGGACGGGGGGUGGAUGGGUUGGGGUUUGUGCAGAGGUGUGUGGAAAUUGUUGUUAAUAGCGAUAUGGGGGAGGGGGAGGACAAGGAGGAGGUGGUGGUGAAUCUGGUGGCAGCGAUGUUACGGGUGGUUACGCACCCGUCGCUGGUGAGGAGUUUGUCGGUGGACGGGUUUGUGGGUGCUGUGUACCGGCGCAUCGCGGGCGUGGAGGGGGAUCAGGGGUUGGUGCUUUUUGGGAGGGUGAAUGAGUUGGUUGGGGAGCGGUGUUUGGGGGCACCGGAGUCGUCGAGGGGGUUGUUGCGGUUAAUGGUGGAGGGGCUGUAUGAGAUGUUGCGGAGGGAGCGGGGGGUAUUGGGGAAUGAGGCCUUGGGGGGGUUGGUGGAGGGCAUCAAGGGCAAUGUGGUGAGACUGGUGGCGGAUUUGGGGGAGGGUGAGUUGACGGCAGCGGGAGAACUGGAUGCGAUCUCGGCGAGGGUUGAGAUGAUCCGGCGGAUGAUGGGUGCUGCACGACGGAGUCUGACCGGCCCGGGCAUGAACCUGACUCCAGGAAUCAUCACUUCCCAUCACAGUACCACCCGCUCAACCUUCCCCUUCGCAGCCGCCAUCCCCGGCGGACACCACGACAACGACUUCGCCGACAUCACGCGCAUCCAGAUCUUCCCCACGCUCGGCGAAAUCACCUACACCGGCCCGGCAGUCGAGUUCCUCCCCACGACAGACCUCACACAGCCGCACUUUCUCGCCACCGACCCAGUCCAGCGACAUCUCGACUCGGCCUUCCGACUGCUACGACACGACAUCUUCGGCCCGCUGAAGGAUCUCGUAGGGUCGAUCUUCGCUUCCUCUCUUUUGUCUUCUUCCAUUCCUUCCUCGUCAUCGGCAUCGUCAUCCUGGCGGCCGUCUCGGGCUCUGCCCAUCGCAUUACAGAAACUAGUUCAAGACCAGGGCCAGGUCCGAGCCCACGUCUACACCAACGCCUCGAUCGGACACCUGUUCGUCGACAACGCCAGUCUCGAGGCCUCGCUGUCGUUUUCCCGACCGCCCGCUCUCCGGAAACUCACUACGGCAGCUGAGCAGCGACAGUGGUGGAACGCGUCGUCGCGGCUGGAACAGGGCGGACUGCUGUGUUUUAUCUCGGGGUCUCAGACCAGUGCCGAUGACGACAAGGCGUUUAUUCUGCUGGUUGUGACGAGGAAAAACACGAACGACGACGACGACGACGACACGGCUGGCCGGGACAAGAGUUCCCUCGUACCAGGGCAGCAUCAUAAUCCGUCAGUCAGCGUACGGCUGGCAGCAGAAACACGCGAGAAUGCGGCAAUGCUGACGCGGUUGUAUGUGCAAAAGCUGGAGGGCGUGGUGGUGGAAUUGCCGGGGUUGAUACCGGACACGUUUGUGCCGGUGUUGCGGAACUUGCAGCGGAUGAUGAGGGAUGGGGGGUUGGCUUUUCAGAGGUGGAUUUUGCCGGCUGAGUAUGAAGAAGAUGAAAAUGAAGGGAGAGAUACCGGAGAUGGGACGGUGAUAUCACCGCCUAUGUACGCGAGAAAGGACGGGUUUCACUUUCGGCUGAAGAGUAUCACGCAGCCGGGUAAGGCUGAGAUGAGGGUUGACCCGGCAAUGCCGGACGGGGGAGUGGAUCUGAGCGAGCUGGAGGACGCUACGGGACUGGACAAGGGUCAGGCUUCUGCUCUUGUUGCGGCUCUCACGAGGGAGUAUGCGUUGAUUCAGGGGCCGCCGGGCACGGGUAAGUCGUAUGUGGGUGUGAAAUUGGCACAGGUGCUGCUGGAUCAUAAGUCCGAGGCGGAUCUAGGGCCAUUGCUUGUCAUCUGCUACACCAACCACGCCCUAGACCAAUUCCUCAAACACCUGCAGGACGUCGGCAUCAAAAAGAUCAUCCGCAUCGGCGGCCAGAGCAAAUGCGCCGAUCUCGAUGGUUUGAACCUGCGCGUGGUCAACCGCAACGCGGCCAAGACCUCUGUUGAGAGCCGGAGCCUAGGCGAGAACUUUGAGGAACUGAAGGGAUGCAACGAGUCUGCAGGCAAGAGCCUCGGCCCGCUACACCAGGUUCGCAAGCGACGGAUCGACUGGAGGACGCUGAAGUCGUUUCUACGGCGUCGCUACCCGGCGGUGGCUGACCAGUUUGAGUCGAUGGAAGGGGUGGAUGAGGACGGGUUUGAACGUGUCGGGGAACGGCGGACAGUAACCGACUACUGGGUCCGCCAGCUCGUACACCACCAGACCGAGCGCAUAGCCGAGUUCGUCGACCGCGCCCAAGACCACCGCAGCGAAAUCAACGCCGUGCACGACGACGUAGCCCGCCGCACACUGCUUCAAGCCGAUGUCGUGGGGGUCACCACCACCGGCCUAGCCCGCCACAUCAACAUGCUCUGCCGCGUGGGCAUCAAAGUCGUCGUCUGCGAGGAGGCCGCCGAAGUGAUGGAGCCACAUCUGCUGUCCGCACUCAUGCCAGGCGUCGAACAUCUCAUCCAAAUCGGCGACCACCGCCAGCUGCGACCCCAAAUCCAGAACUACCUCCAGUUCAGCCUCGAGACAACCGCCGGACGCGCCCACCAACUCGACCGCAGCCAGUUUGAGCGCCGGGCCGAGGGCGAGCCCGGUCUGGACCCCCUUCCCGUGGCCCAACUGCAUGUCCAGCGGCGCAUGCGGCCCGAGAUUGCCCGGCUGAUUCGCAGUGUGUACCCGGCUCUAGAGGACCACCCGUCCGUCCUAAACCUACCGCCCGUUGUCGGUCUCCGGGACACCCUCUUCUGGCUGGACCACGAGCACCCGGAGGAAGAGAAGGGCAACGAAAAUGACACCAAAACAGGCUCACACAGCAACCCGUGGGAGGUAGACAUGGCCAAAGCCCUAGUUCACCACCUCGUGCGCCAGGGCACCUACAAAAGCAGCGACAUCGCCCUCCUAACCCCUUACACAGGCCAACUCCAAAAGCUGCGGGCCGCACUCAACCGCGACUUUGCAGUCGUCCUCAGCGACCGUGACCAGGACGCCCUGGCCCAGGACGGUUUCUUGCAGACCGAAGAAACCUACGAAACAAAACCCCCAACCUCAACCCAAUCCCUCUCCCACGCCCUCCGCCUCGCAACAGUAGACAACUUCCAAGGCGAAGAAGCCCGCGUCAUCGUCGUCUCCCUAGUCCGCAGCAACCCGCACCACAAAGUCGGUUUCCUCCGCUCCCCGAACCGCAUCAACGUCUUGCUCAGUCGGGCCCAGCACGGGUUAUACCUCAUCGGCAACGCGACUACCUAUUCCCACGUGCCGAUGUGGGCUGAUGUAUUGGGUCAGUUGCGCGACCGGGGGGCUGUGGGAAGGGGGAUCGCGUUGGUUUGUCCGCGGCAUACUGCCUCUCCGAAGUCUUCCUAUGCUGCAACGACCCCCGCCUGCUUCACCCUCCACUCCCCCGCGGGCGGCUGCACUCGUCCCUGCGACCGACGCCUCGAGCCCUGCGGACACAGCUGUCCGUCCCCCUGCCAUGCUGACGUGUUGCAUGCGGCGGUCGUCUGUCUGCAGCCGUGUCCGCGGAUAAGGGAGACGUGUGCGCAUGCUUGUUCGAGGCUUUGUGGAGAGGGUUGUGGGCUAUGUCAGGUCGUUGUUGAGGGGGUGAAGUUGCCGGGGUGUGGGCAUGUGAAAGAGGGGUUGGCGUGUUGGAGGGUGACGGUGCCGGGGGAGUUGGAGACGGUGAAGUGUGAGGUGGUGGUUGAGAAGACGGUGCCCAGGUGCGGGCAUGGGGUUAAGGUGGAGUGUUGGGUGGAUGUUGAUGACGCUGAUAAAGAGCAUGGGUUUGUGUGCCCCGUCAAGUGUGAGGGGAAGAUGUUAGCGUGUGGACAUGCGUGUCAGGGGUCUUGUGGGCGGUGUUCGCGGGCUGAGGGGGGCCAUGAGCAGUGCAAGAGGGUGUGUGACCGGCCGUUUGGAGGGUGUAAUCAUCGGUGUCGGAGGAUGUGUCAUGAGGGGGGGGAAUGUGGGGUGUGUCCGCAGCGGUGUGAGGUCCGCUGUCCCCACUCCCGCUGUCAACAGCCCUGUCAGAAGCCCUGCUCCCCCUGCAUCGAGCCGUGCUCGUGGUCCUGCGAGCACCAAGGAGCGUGUACCCUCCCCUGCGCCGCGCCGUGCAACCGACUGCCCUGCGACAAGCGCUGUCCCCGCGUUCUCCCCUGUGGCCACCAGUGUCCCGGCUUCUGUGGCGAAGACUGUCCGAGCCGGGACUUGUGCCAGGUAUGCGGUACGCACGGUGACGCCCGCGUCGAUCUGCUCGAGUUCAAAGCCUACGCCCAAGUCGAUCUCGACGAGACACCCGUGGCUGUUCUCGGGUGUGGGCAUUUCUUCACUGGCGAGACGCUGGACGGAAUGUUAGGCCUGGGAUCGGUCUACACGACCGACCACGCUGGAAAAUACACAACGCUGAAAGAACCCUCCGGCGAACUGACCGCCAUCCCAGCCUGUCCCGACUGCCGCGUACCAAUCCGUCAAUUCGCCACGCGCCGAUACAACCGCGUCGUCAACCAGGCCGUGCUAGACGAAACCUCCAAGCGGUUUCUUGUAGCCGGCCUGGCCAAACUCGCCGACCUCGGCAAGCGCGUGACCGCAAUGGAGGAAACACUGGCCAAGGCGUCGCAACACACGUCGCUCCUCGCGUGGCGAAGCACCCAACGCUACGACACGGCCAAGGCGCUCCGCCGGGAAGCCACCCAGCUCCGCUUCGACAUGAAAGCUGAGCACCAGCCUACUAAGAAACUUUUUGAUGCUAUCGUCACCUCCCAGCGAGACCACCCUCUCCAACGCCGCUUCCAAACCCUCACGCUCUCUCCUACCUCCGACACUACCCUCAGCCCUAAUACCGACAACAACCAACCCCCCAUCCCACAACCAGUCUACAACCAGCAAAUAACCCUCCACGCCCAGCACCUCGCCCUACGCGCCUCCGAAGCCAUCCUCCGCGACAUCUUCACCAGCCUCAGCAGCGAAGCCACCACUACUACAACCACCACUCCUUCCUCCAAACGUCCCGGACAAUCCCACGCUGCUGCAGUAAAACAACAGUUCCCGCUUCUCCCGCAACAGUGCGCCGACUUCUUGCACCAGUGCGAGCAGCUGAUUGAGCAGGCUGGUGCGGCUUCGUUGCCGAGAUUGGUGGUGCCGGCUGUGUUGUCGUUUGCGCGGGUGGCACAGUGGGGGGGGUGGUAUACGACGCGGGUUUUGGGGGUGAAUGGGGAGCAGGCAAAGGAUCGUAACAAUGGUGAGGAAGGUAAACAACAACCCAAGGACAAAGACAGCGAAAAAGAAUCACAACCCCCCACAGAAAAAGCCCUCACCCUCCUCACCCACGCCCUGACCCUCUGUGACACCCACCCAGCCGCCUCGCUAGGAGAUCGGUACCGGGAGGAAGUGGAGGAAAUGCAGAAGCUGCUGUUGUUGCGCCGGAAUGGGCCGUGGUAUGAGGCGGUGUCGCCGGCGGAGAUUGCGGCGAUCAAGCGGGCGAUGGUGGAAGGACCUGGGGGGUUUGCGACGCAUUCUGGGAGGUGGUAUACUUGUGUUAAUGGGCAUCCGUUCGCCAUCGGCGAGUGCGGCAUGCCCAUGGAAAUUGCCCGCUGUCCCGAAUGCGGUGAGGCCAUCGGCGGGCAGAAUCACAUGGCCAUGGCCGGUACGCAGCGUGAUGAGGAAAUGGAGAGGGCAUAG